AUGGUGGCGCUGAUUGAAUCUCGAAUGAAAUUGACGAGCGUUUGCAAUGUAUUCGUCGCCUUAUCUGUGUUGUUAAACAUACAUGCGGUCACCGCCGACCCUGUGCAAUGCUUUAACGGGACGUGGAACUCUGAUUUAGACACCCCCGAACUUGAGCGGUGUAUUAUUCCUGAUGGAAAUAAUGAAGACACGGGUAACUACUGCCUCAUCUACAAGUUUAAUCGGACAAACGAGGACAACUCAAUGACGACUGUCACGGAAUUUCGGUGUGACUCUGACAAGGAAGCCUGUGGAACGUACGGCAGUGGUUUACAUGAAAGCGCGACAUACUCCGGUUACACUGGGUUAUCUCUGUCCUGUUGUGACGAAGACAUGUGCAACAUACCGUACGAGAUGAUUGACUUCGGCUAUCCGACUGCAAUAGAAAGCUGCUACGUGGGAACUACAUCAGGGUUUGGUCAUAAGUACGCAGACGAAAGUGAAUGCGAUGGAGUGAUCUCUCACUGUUCAUCCUUACACCAUAUCGGAAACGAAACAACGGAGUAUUUCUGCGACACGACUCGACUCUGCGAGCUUCACGGCAUGUUUUUUGAGAACAAGUGCAAGAAGAUCAGUUUGACGGAGGACGAGGACGCGGAACUCUGCUGCUGCGCCGAUGAGAAGUGCAACGUUCCUAAAGGCUUGGCGAGCAAUCAUCAGACGCCGAUAUACAAGAUCAGCUUCCUCGCCUUUGUCGUGAUGGGUCUCAUAUCUGUCGCCGUCAUCCUGGUGCUCGCUGCACACGCGGCGAAAAGAAGGCGACAGCAGGAGGAGCGCGAGAGCAAGUAUCGACACAUCGGUAAGAUGUACUCUUCGUACGUCUCGGAGGAGCCUGACGAACUCGUCACCUGACGAUGACGGGUGCCAUCUUGCUUGUUAGCAGCGAUACAGAAUUAGAACCCGAGCUAGCUGCGCGUGAGUGUGUGAUGAGUGAUCUGUUUGUGAUUGUCUAACGAGACACUGUGUAGAUCUCGUGUUGAGUUUUAUAGCCUAGAAUAAAUGUUCGAGCUUUGUGAAUAAAACAUGAUACAACUAAUAAUAAUAUAAUCAUUACACGAUAACCGUUUGCACACGAAAUUACAUACAAAAUCGAUGAGAUUUUCACGAUUACAGCCUAUGGUAUAACAAUAACAGGCGGAGCUCUGAUUAUAAUAAUACAAUAAGCAAGUAUCCUUGCAAACAUCCGGACACCGUGUCAUCGUUUAAGCGUUUGAAUAAUUACACAUCGUGAGUUUAUGCUCACUUGGAAUCGCUAGUUUACUGCGGGUCAUCUCACUCCAAGUCGUGUAUUAUGCCUUGAGUCAUGUGCGCCAAUCGAUGCCUUAGAUCUGGUUUAAUGUGUAUCACUUGACCAGGAUCACAAAUGUUGAAAAGUAAUUGCAAAAUGGAACUGUGCGGUCACAGCUAUACGUGUGACUGUUCUUGUGAUUUAUGAACUGAGGGAGAAUAAGGUGGGCGUGAAGUAGUCGCAGCACGUCACUUAGUUUUAGGAUAUUUAUUGCUCGUGAUAAGACAAGUAUUGCGCUCUAUGCUCACUUGUUUUAUGUGCCCGCACCCAGGUAUGCGGCGAUGGGGACGGUUGCAAAUAUGCCUGUGGGAACAUAUAGCCUAUUGACUUGUACGCAAACACGAGCCAUACUUAUUGCCAACUGUAGGUUCGAACCAGUGGGGAAACAUGCGCCACGAUAUGGUUUAGCUGAUGCGUUGCAUAGGCCUGUUGUAGAUGGCGUGGUUGUAUUAAUUAAUUAAAGCAUUGAAUUUCUAGCCUUUACAUGUUAAAAGCGAAUUAGCAUACAAAUAAGUUGUGUACAUAGAAAGUUAUUCGUUAAUUUGAUAUUGUUGCAAAUAAUAUAAUGUUUAUAGUUCUCUAUGCACUGUUAGCAGCGUUCAAAAAUCCGAAUAAGCCUAAUAUACUGAUUUACGAUAUGGGAAGCAUAUGAUAUUGCAAAGAUAUCUUCGGUUCUAAAUGUGCGUGCUUACGUUCGCGUGUGCGUGUGUGU